AUGGGCGGAGACAACAAGACUACAGUCACAGGAUUCCUCCUCCUGGGACUCUCUGGCCAGUCAGGGCAGGAGGAGCUUCUCUUCGGGCUGUUCCUGUGGAUGUACCUGGUCACCAUCGUCGGAAACUUUCUCAUCAUCUUGGCCAUCACCUGUGACAGUCACCUCCAUACGCCCAUGUAUUUCUUCUUGGCCAACCUCUCCUGUGUCGACAUCUGCUUUUCAUCAGUCACGAUCCCCAAGAUGCUGCUGAAUCACUCACUGGGAAGCAAGUCUAUCUCGUACGUGGACUGCAUGGCCCAGAUCUACUUCUUCAUCACUUUCAUCAACAUGGAUAGCUUCCUCCUGAGUGUGAUGGCCUAUGACCGCUACACGGCCAUCUGCCGCCCCCUCCACUACACCACGAUCAUGAGGCCCGAACUCUGUGUCCUGCUGGUGGCUGCAUCUUGGCUCUUUACAAACCUGCACGCUCUCCUACACACUCUUCUCGUGGUCCAGCUCACGUUUUGUUCCAGCAAUGCCGUGCAUCACUUUUUCUGUGACCCCUAUGCAGUUCUGAAGCUCUCUUGUUCUAAUACCUUUAUCAAUGACCUGAUGGUAUUCACUGUGGGUGGGCUGAUAUUUCUGACACCAUUUACAUGUAUCAUCAUUUCAUAUGCCUACAUCUUCUCUAAUGUAUUAAAAUGCCCAUCUGUUCAGGGAAUAAGGAAAGCCCUGUCCACGUGUGGGUCCCACCUCACCGUGGUCUCCCUCUUCUACGGGGCAAUCCUGGGGGUCUAUAUGCACCCUUCGUCCUCCUACUCAGUACAAGACUCGGUGGCCACUGUCCUCUUCACAGUGGUCACUCCCCUGGUGAAUCCCUUCAUCUACAGCCUGAGAAAUCGUGACAUGAAGGGAGCUUUAAGGACACUAAUCUCUGAUUCCAGAAGUAGAAAAUUUCAGAGAUGA